AUGUCUGAUUUACCACCAGGUUGGGUUAGCAAAAUGUCAAGUCGUACUGGAAAAGAAUAUUAUAUUGAUCCAGUAACAAAAGAAAGUCAAUGGGAACAUCCAAAUUCUAUGAGCAAUAAAUUAUCAAGUGGACGAAAAGCAGCAAAUGGUGGUCAAGUACAAGUACUUCAUAUACUUGUUAAACAUACAGGAUCACGUAAUCCAAAAAAUUAUAAAGGUGAAACAAUCACACGUAGUAAAACUGAAGCUCGCAAUAGACUUGAUGAAAUUAUAAAUGAAUUAAAAAAUGCUAAUGAUCUUGAAUCAACAUUUCGUCGUAUUGCAAAAGAUAAAAGUGAUUGUAGUUCAGGUCAACGUGGAGGUGAUCUUGGCAUGUUUGGUCAUGGUGCAAUGCAAAAAGCAUUUGAAGAAGCUUCAUUUGCAUUAGAUGUCAAUGAAAUGAGCGAUGUAGUCGAUUCAGAUUCGGGUCUACAUGUUAUUUUACGUAUUGCCUAA